CCGGCGCGGAGCGCGCAGCCACCGCCUCCUCGCCUCUCCAAACUCCCGGGCCAGGCGCGCGGUGGCGUCCUCGCGCUCUCGCUCGCGCCCCCGCCCGUCGCCCGCGCAAGCCAGGCAUGAAUGCUGAGACUUGCGUCUCUUACAGCGACUCGCCGGCUGCUGCCAUGGACGCCUACUACAGCCCGGUGUCACAGAAUCGGGAGGGCUCGUCGCCUUUUAGGGCAUACCCCAGCGGCGAUAAGUUCGGAACAACUUUCCUGUCCGCUGCCGCCAAAGGGCAGGGAUUCGGGGACGCCAAGAGCCGGGCCCGCUACGGCGCGGGGCAACAGGACCUGGCGGCACCCCUGGAGAGUGGCGCCGGGACGCGGGGCUCCUUUAACAAGUUCCAGCCCCAGCCUCAAGCACCGGCGCCUCAACCGCCGCCGCAGCAGUCGCCCCCUCAGCCUCAGCCUCCAGCGCCGCAACCGCAUCUCUACUUGCAGCGAGGCGCCUGCAAGACGCCCCCGGACGGCAGCCUCAAACUUCAGGAAGGCAGCGGCAGCCACAACGCGGCCUUGCAGGUCCCCUGCUACGCCAAAGAGAGCUCCCUGAGUGAGCCGGAGUUACCGCCCGACUCUGACACCGUGGGGAUGGACAGCAGCUACCUCAGUGUGAAGGAGGCCGGGGUGAAGGGGCCGCAGGACCGGGCCAGCGCCGACCUCCCCAGCCCGCUGGAGAAGGCCGACUCGGAGAGCAACAAGGGCAAGAAGCGGCGGAACCGAACCACCUUCACCAGCUACCAGCUGGAGGAGCUGGAGAAGGUCUUUCAGAAGACCCACUACCCCGACGUGUACGCACGGGAGCAGCUGGCCAUGAGGACGGACCUCACCGAGGCCCGCGUGCAGGUCUGGUUCCAGAACCGGAGGGCCAAGUGGAGGAAGAGGGAGCGUUUUGGGCAGAUGCAGCAGGUCCGAACCCACUUCUCCACUGCCUAUGAGCUGCCCCUCCUCACCCGAGCUGAGAACUACGCCCAAAUUCAGAACCCGUCCUGGAUCGGCAACAACGGGGCCGCCUCGCCAGUGCCCGCCUGCGUGGUUCCCUGUGACCCGGUGCCAGCCUGCAUGUCCCCUCACGCGCACCCCCCUGGCUCUGGGGCCAGCGGCGUCACCGACUUCCUGAGUGUCUCCGGGGCUGGCAGUCACGUGGGCCAGACGCACAUGGGCGGCCUGUUUGGAGCCACGGGCCUCAGCCCAGGCCUCAACGGCUACGAGCUCAACGGCGAGCCCGACCGGAAGACCUCGAGCAUCGCGGCCCUCCGCAUGAAGGCCAAGGAGCACAGUGCGGCCAUCUCCUGGGCCACAUGACAGGGCCCCUGCAGUCCCAUCCCUGUGCCUCCCCCGCCUCGGGGCACUGGCCAUGCCCACGCUUUCCGGGCCCCCAGCCUCCCACUCGACCUUCCUCUUAGGAACCUGGCGCGGGCCAGGGGCCUGACCCUCAGCACUUUCAGCCGCCCCAAGUCUGAGGCCCCGUGGACUGCUGGGGGGGAGGGGUCAGCAGGCCCCUGCCCCUCCCUGGCACGGAGGCCGAGCCCCCUGCUCCUGGCUAGAGGCGGUGGAGGAAGCCGGGUAGCCGAGUUUCGCAGCUUUGCAUCCAUUAUAAGCUGAAGACCCUUUCUCCCCACUCCUGCUCCUCCAUCCUGCCUGGUUUAACCAUUGAGUCGAGUUUAGAUCCUCAUCCAGCCCUAGCAGCGGCAGCACUGUGGUCACGUCCGUCCGUCCGUCCUUCCCUCUUCUGUGUGGUCCCUGGUGGCUCGCCAGGCCUGUGACUGUGUCUGAAGAACAGGCUGCCCCGCAGAGUCAGCCUCCUGCCCUCCUGUCUCCUUUUCUCUUCCUAAAAGCCCACGGAACCUGACCUCCUGGACCCGGGGCACCUGCCUCGCCUUUGCCCUGAAUGGAGGAGUCCCCAUCCUGGUUGUGCCCUGGGCUGGA